GGGAGGAAAACCGCGUAGCAAAAUCAAAACAUGGAUGCCCAACCGCUAGGUCGUUCUGGGCACAUGUCGACAUUUCUUGGCAAGUACUUAAUCGUUUUGGGUGGAUUUUCGGAAGUAACACACGAUGAUGGACCACUUGAGAACGUUUACGUAUCAACGAAUGAACUGUGGAUUUAUGAUACUGAGUUUGAGAUAUGGCGAAUGCUGCCCAUAGAUGGACGUACUCCUCACUUUCCACCCGGCCUGUCUGGAGCGUGUGCCGUGCUCGUGGACCAUUACCUGUAUAUUUACGGCGGGCACUCUUUAGAGGGCCACUAUGGGGAGCUUCAUAGGCUGGACCUGAGCUCGCUCUCCUGGGAAAGAGUGCCAUGCAAAGGAAAACGGCCCGCUCCGAGGGACAAGUUUGUCGGUUGGUCUCACGAGGGAAAAUUGCAUUUUUUUGGUGGCUUCGGUGUUCCAUUCGAUGAAGAUCCUGAGGUUGAAGUAUUGCAUGAUAAUGGCAGUUUCCUUCUUAAUCCAGGAACUAUGUUUAGUUACCAAGAGAGGGGAUGGAAUAAUCAGAUUAUUAUAUUUGACCCUGAAACAUUAGUUUGGAGUAAUCCUCAGUACAAGGGUGAACCACCAUCACCACGGGCUGCACAUGCAGCAACUAAAAUAGGGGACAAGGUUUGGAUGUUUGGUGGACGCCAUGGGUUAGUCAGAACAGCUGAACUUCAUUGUUUAGAUCUUAAAAAGAAAACGUGGAGUGGCAGCAUAUGUGCACCAGGCCUCUGGCCAUGUGGACGAACAUGGCAUAGCUUCACAGCAAUCUCACAGCGACAGAUAUUUCUCUAUGGAGGCUAUACCCAGUACAGGAAACCCCUUAGUGAUGGAUGGAUACUUGACACGGAACUACUGCAGUGGACGCAAUUGGAUGUUCCAGGGAACAAGCCACGUCUGUGGCACACUGCAUGUCUGAACAACUACGGUGAAGUGAUGGUAUUUGGAGGUUGCCAGAAGGAUAUCCUUGAUCACGACGAUAACAGUGAUCACUCGAAAGAAAUUCUCACGUUUUGCUUCACGCCUCCUUCACUGGUGCGAAUAUGCAUAAAGCUGGCCAUUGACCACAAAGAUAUUCUAGAGACGGAGUGGGGUGAACUGCCCAAAAGCUUGCGUGGGCUACUCUACAGCAGAUCUGUUAGGCAUAGAGUAGGCGAGCAGACUGAACAGCUACAGCUCAUCACACAUGGAACAUGAACGAGCACAGAGCGCACCUGCUCGUGAAUUACCUUUCUUGUGAUUCAAGUUGUUGUUGAGAUAAGAAGCAACAGCAUUAUUGCAGCAGAGAUUUGUCAUAUGUGAUAAUAUGCCAGCAGCAUGCACAAAGGUGGCCUUGAAGUAUUGCUAUUAUGAACUCAGUGAAGUGGUGAGAAAAUUUCGUAUAAUAAUGACACUACAAUCAUCAUGUUUGAAAAAUGUAUAUAGCACUCGUAAUGCUAAUCAAAAUAAUCGGCAACUGUAAAUUUGCUCACAGCUUGAAUUUGUUAUCUGUAAGUUGUAAGAUCAUAUUACCUACCUAUUAUGUUACGUAAAUGCAAAUUUUAUUAUUUUUUGUUUACGUCAGAAAAAAAAAGUUAUCCAUGUGUCAGAUCUUGGUCUAGUGACAUGACCACUUUCCUUUAUCGGCUGCCCUCCUAUUUUUUCUCCAUGUGUCAGGAAUUUAACAAAAUGAGUAAUGCCCUUCUCCAAAUACCAGCUAUAUAUUUGUAUUUCUGGUAAUGAUUAUUUUUAUUUUUGCAGUUUUUAAAAUAGAAGCAAUGCGGUUUCUACUUUUCACUGACAUUAUCACGGACACUAUUAGUAGAGCAGUGCUCUGCUUUUUGCUUUACAUGUAAAAGAAAACCUUUCUUAGGUGCUCGCAUUGUGAGGUACUAUUUACCUAUUUAGAGAUGACUAUUUAAAUAAAU